AUGAGCGUGCAGAGAGCCAAUGGCGCUUCCUUGCUCCAUGCACUAGUUGUUGUGUGCGCCCUGUGCUGGGCAUUGUCUUCUUGGUGUGCGGAGGGGCAGAACCCAAAUGGUCAGCUGAGUGUGGAUGCCUCGCCGCAGAAUGCUAGGAAGAUCCCUGAUAAGAUGUUUGGUAUCUUUUUUGAGGAGAUCAACCAUGCUGGAGCUGGUGGGUUGUGGGCAGAGCUUGUAAGCAACAGAGGAUUCGAGGCCGGUGGGCCUAAUACACCUUCCAAUAUUGAUCCAUGGCUGAUCAUUGGGGAUGAAUCAAGUAUCAUUGUUGAAACUGAUCGGACAUCAUGCUUUGAACGUAACCCGGUUGCACUUCGGAUGGAAGUUCUUUGUGCUUCUAAAAAAACUAAUGCCUGCCCAUCAGGAGGUGUUGGGGUCUAUAAUCCUGGUUACUGGGGCAUGAACAUUGAAAAAGGAAAGGUUUAUAAGGUGAGCCUGCAUAUUAGGUCAUCAGACGCAGUGUCCUUGACUGUUUCCUUGACAAGCUCCGAUGGUCUACAAAAACUUGCUGCUCAUACCAUCACAGGUAGCAAGAAAACCUUUGCAAAAUGGACAAAGAUAGAAUUUCAUUUGAGAUCCAACCAAAAUAACACUAACUCAAGGCUUCAACUUACAACAAGUAAAAGUGGGGUAGUUUGGCUUGAUCAAGUAUCAGUUAUGCCAAUGGACACUUACAUGGGGCAUGGUUUUCGGAAAGAUCUUGCUUCUAUGUUGGCCAAUCUCAAGCCUCAGUUUCUCAAGUUUCCAGGCGGCAACUAUGCCAUGGGAAAUUAUCUACGAAAUGCAUUUUGGUGGAGUGAGACUGUGGGGCCAUGGGAGGAAAGACCUGGUCACUUUAAUGAUGCCUGGGGAUACUGGACUGAUGAUGGACUUGGAUUUUUUGAGUUCCUUCAGUUGGCUGAAGACCUUGGUGCUUCCCCAGUUUGGGUGGUGAAUGAUGGAGCAAGCCUUAAUGAAGAAGUUUCCACAAAAACAAUUGCAUCAUUGGUUAAGGAUGUUGUUAAUGGCAUAGAGUUUGCUAGGGGAGGACCCAAGACAACUUGGGGUUCAGUUCGUGCAGCAAUGGGACACCCAGAACCGUUUAAGCUUGAUUAUGUUUCAAUAGGAAAUCAAGAAUGUUGGAUGCUGUACUACAGAGGAAACUACCAAAAGUUUUAUUCUGCAAUUAAAUCUGCCUACCCAGACAUCAACAUUAUAUCAAGUUGUGAUAGGCCAACUAUUUCUCCAUCCAACCCUGCCGAUCUUUAUGAUGUUCAUGUCUACACCUCUUCGAGUAAUAUGUUUUCAAAAGCUAGUAUGUUUGACAACACACCACGUGGAGCACCGAAGGCAAUUGUUAGUGAGUACGCUGUGACUGGGAACGAUGCUGGCAAAGGAACACUGGUAGCCGCACUGGCAGAAGCUGCAUUUCUCAUUGGAUUGGAAAGGAACAGUGAUGUGGUUGAGAUGGCAAGCUGUGCACCCCUUUUUGUAAAUGACAAUGAUCGCAGGUGGAACCCAGAUGCCAUUGUCUUCAACUCGUGGCAGCACUAUGGGUGUCCCAACUAUUGGAUGCUACACUUCUUCAAGGAAUCUAGUGGCGCCACCCUUCAUCCUACAGCAAUUCAGAUCUCCAACUAUGAUCAGCUGGUUGCGUCUGCCAUCACUUGGCAGAAUGCUAAAGACAGAAGCACUUACCUCAGGAUAAAGGUGGUCAAUUUUGGCAACCAAGCUGUGGAUCUCAACAUAUCCAUUGUGGAACUGCCCACUGGCAUCAAGAAGUCUGGAACGAAACAGACGGUUCUAACAUCCAGCAGCCCGCUUGACGAGAACUCCUUCCAGCAGCCAGAGAAGGUGGCACCAGUGUUGAGCCCAAUGGUGAACGUGGGGCAGCAGAUGGGCGCAUUCGUGGGGCCGUACUCCCUCACCUCGUUUGACCUGCUGCUGGAGCCGAGCAAGCAUGACAGCAUUUGA